UGUUUUGGCGCAUGCGCAGUCGAUCGUUCCUCAUUCAUCGCCGUCUGAGUGUAGGGGAGCGACCCGAGAGCCGCAGUGAUGCCAGUAACCCUCUAGGAUGCUCGACACACGGAUGGUUUUAUUACCGUCUGUUUCAGCCACAGGCCUUUAAGCGGAUCCGGUCAAAUCUGGGACGAAGGUGUUUUCCACAGCACGGAAUAACGGGAGCGCACGACCUUGCGCUGAAUGUCAUUAGAAAAGGGUUUUAAUCUCGCUACGACAAUUAGGAUUUGAGUCUCAGCGAUGGAUAUCAUAAAGCAUAUAAUCAACGACACAGUCGAGUUCUACAAAUGGAGUCUCACCAUCGCAGACAAGCGUGUGGAGAAAUGGCCGUUGAUGGAUUCUCCGCUCCCCACGCUGGCCAUCAGCUCCUCAUACCUGCUGUUCCUUUGGCUGGGGCCGAAGUACAUGCAGGGCCGAGAGCCCUUCCAGCUGAGGAAGACCCUCAUCGUCUACAACUUCAGCAUGGUCAUCCUUAACUUCUUCAUAUUCAAAGAGCUCUUCCUCGCAGCACGAGCGGCCAACUACAGCUACAUCUGCCAGCCUGUGGACUACUCAGACGAUCCCAACGAAGUGAGGGUGGCAGCAGCUCUGUGGUGGUACUUUAUUUCUAAAGGUGUGGAGUACCUCGACACUGUGUUCUUCAUCUUACGCAAGAAGUUCAACCAAAUCAGCUUCCUGCACGUCUAUCACCACUGCACCAUGUUCACUCUGUGGUGGAUCGGCAUCAAAUGGGUCGCGGGCGGACAGUCUUUCUUCGGGGCUCAUAUGAAUGCAGCCAUCCACGUCCUGAUGUACUUGUAUUACGGGCUGGCCGCGUUCGGUCCGAAAAUACAGAAAUAUCUGUGGUGGAAGAAGUAUCUGACCAUCAUCCAAAUGAUUCAGUUUCACGUCACCAUCGGCCACACGGCCCUGUCGCUGUACUCCGACUGCCCGUUCCCUAAGUGGAUGCACUGGUGUCUGAUCGGAUACGCCCUCACCUUCAUCAUCCUCUUCGGGAAUUUCUAUUACCAGACGUACCGUCGCCAGCCCCGCCGCGAGACCACGGCCAAAACCGGCAAAGCCCUGCAUAACGGAGUCUCUAAUGGAGCCCUGACCUCCAGUAACGGAAACGCCGGCAAGAUGGACGACAAACCGGCAGCGGCCGAGACCGGCAGGAGAAAGAGGAAGGGCAGAGCGAAGCGAGAAUAAAACGGAAGAGAGAGAGGCUGACAGGUUAAAGAUCAGGAGCUGUUUGCACGCCUGCGGUCAAUCCCUAAUGGUUCUGAACAAACAGUAUGGCUGCAGAGAGAGAAAUGAGCCUGAACAAUAUCUUUCCUUACCGCCCUUCUUAAAGGGACAGUUCACCCAAAAAUCAUUCACUCACAUUCAAACCUGUAUGAGUUUCUUUCUUAUGUUAAACACAAAAGAAGAUAUUUUGAAGAACGUUAGUCACCAAAUAAUUGACGGUAGCCACUGACUUGAAAAAAAUGCUAUGGAAGUCAACAGCUACCGUCAAUCUGUUGAGAUGAGUAAAUGAUGACCGAGCUUUCAUUUUUGGUGAACUGUUCCUUUAAGUCUGGCACAUUGUUUUAUGUACCUGCCUUUUUUACAUUGCUGUCCUAAUGCCAGAAAAGACCCGCGUCUCAUCGGUGUACAAUUAUUAUAAGAAAUGGGUUUUUCAUCAUUUAUUAUAGCGAGGUCCAAAAGUUCACUGAUGGGGUUUCUUCACUGAUCAUAUUAUCAGCAUGAGUUAAAAGAAGUUGAGUUAAAAAUUGAGAUGAAUGUCUCCAGCAUGAUUUGAGAUCCAGAUAGCAUCUUGGGCUUCGAUGGAAGAAGAAAAUCUGACCAUCUGUACAAAGAGUCACGUGAUCAGUGAAACUCACUUACAUUUGUUUAGUCACAUUAGUCACAGUCUGAAAUGUUUCUUCAUUUUACAGACUUUUGGGCCUCACUGUAUAUCAGUUAUUUGUAAAACAUAUCUUAGUGUCUGUUUAUUUGAAGCGUUCAUGUUUAAUGUUUCAUGUCAGUUGUUUAGCUGCUGGCAGGAUGUAUUACCAUUGGUCCUGUACUUUAAAAUGGACAUCAUGUGGCUUCAGCUUUCCAAAUUAGGGAUGCAACCUACAAAGACCAAUGACUGAUAAUAUACACUUCUACUGUUUUGUCUGUUGUUUUAAAAUCAGUGUUCAGAAUCGAUCAAACCUCCAGUAUAAAUGAUGGGCCUGCAGCCUGGCUUUGAAAUGGAUCAAAUAUCUGCUUCCAUUAUCGGCCGAUCAUUUAGCAACUGGACGGAUGCAUCAUGCAUCAGCAUUUGAAUUAUCAAGCGUCUCACAGGAUAAAUGGCUUUUAGUCUGGUUGAGAAAUUGCAACAUCACAUUAACUGAACUAAGCAGGAUUGGGAAAUAUGUUUGUAGCUACAAUAUUGCAUUGUGCAUAAAUAACGUCUUAAGCUCCACGUCAUUGUUUUUCGUUUCAAAUAGUUCCUGAAAUAUAUCAUGUGUUUUGUCUUGAAUUUUUUAUAAUGUUGUAUAUUCGGUGCAAUUUUGUACAUUGUGCUUUUAAAAAAAACGCAACGAUCAUCAACUGCUCGUUUCCUUUUCUUUUCAAAUGACGGAUAAACAUUGCUGUAUAUAAAAAAUAAAGUAAAUGCCAAUGCACAGUCA